AUGCUGAAGUUCUACGCUCGUUUUGAGAUCAGCGACGAAACCGGUGACCCGAUGACGGAUCGAGACAUGACUCUGCAGCACUAUUCAAGAAUAACUUCCUUGCAGAAAGCAGCGUUUUCUAAGUUUCCAGAUCUACGCCUCUUCGCCCUAGCGAAUGUCGCCAGUGUCGACACGAGAGAGACCUUACAAAAGCAUUUCGGUAAUCUAAGUGACAAAGCCUUGCGCGCCAUCGCGACUUAUCUGAAUCUCGUACCGCCCGAAGGCAAAGAGGAUGAAGCGCCCUGGCAUCGCUUGGAUAAGGACUUCCUCAGAGAGCUUCUGAUCUCGAGACACGAGAGGCGUAUAUCUCAGCUGGAGGAGUUGAACUCAAUGCCGCUCUACCCCACCGAGGAGGUGAUAUGGGACGAGAAUGUCGUGCCCACGGAGAUAUACAGCGGCGAGAACUGCCUCGCCCUGCCGAAGCUGAACCUCCAAUUCCUGACGCUGCACGACUACCUGCUGAGGAACUUCAACCUGUUUCGGCUAGAAAGUACAUACGAAAUCCGGCAAGACCUUGAGGACGCAGUUUACAGAUUGGCCCCAUGGCGCGCAGAGGACGGCAGCGUGUACUUCGGCGGUUGGGCGCGGAUGGCGCACCCGAUCCAGAGCUUUGCCGUGGUGGAGGUGGCCAAGCCGAACAUCGGCGAGAAGGCACCGUCACGCGUCCGAGCUGACGUCACAGUCACCCUCAGCGUGAGGAACGAGAUCAAGAGCGAGUGGGAGAGUCUCCGCAAGCAUGACGUCUGCUUCCUGGUGACCGUGCGGCCGACGCAAGGGAUAGGAACAAAAUACGACUACAGAAAGAGCAUGGUGGACCAAGCGGGUAUUGUAUACGUGAGGGGUUGCGAAGUGGAGGGCAUGCUUGACGCUUCCGGGAGGGUCAUAGAAGAAGGCCCAGAGCCGAGACCCGAACUGGACGGUGAUUCUAGAACGUUCCGCCUUCUACUCGACCCUAACCAGUACAGGCUUGACCUGGACCGCGCCAGCAAAGGGAAGGAGGAUGUAUACGAAACGUUCAACAUCGUGAUGCGACGCAAGCCGAAGGAGAACAACUUCAAGGCCGUGCUGGAGACCAUCCGCGAGCUGAUGAACACCGAGUGCGUGGUGCCCGAGUGGCUCCACGACAUAGUCCUGGGCUACGGCGACCCGGGGCAGGCCCAUUACGCCAGGCUGCCCGAUGAAAUACCGACUCUGGAUUUCAACGACACAUUCUUGGACAUGGAACACCUGCGAAAGAGCUUCCCCGGUUACGAGAUCAAGGUGCAGACGGACGACCCUAGGAAACUCGUAAGGCCGUUUAAGGUCACGUUUGAAAAUGUUCUUCGGAAACAGAAGCUUGGCGAUAAAGCGAUGGACGAAGAUGACCCACACAAGGCUAUCAUCGUCGAGCCGCACGUGUUGCCCAAACGUGGCCCCUAUCUCUACAACGAACCUAAAAAAAACAAUAUUCUCUUCACGCCGACACAAGUGGAAGCGAUUCGCUCGGGCAUGCAGCCUGGACUGACGCUGGUUGUUGGUCCUCCAGGAACAGGCAAAACUGACGUGGCCGUGCAGAUAAUAUCAAACCUGUACCACAAUUUCCCGUGGCAGCGCACCCUGGUGGUGACGCACAGCAACCAGGCGCUCAACCAGCUGUUCGAGAAGGUCGCCGAGCUGGACGUGGACGAGAGGCACCUCCUCCGUCUAGGGCACGGCGAGGAGGCCUUGCAAACCGACAAGGACUUCUCAAGAUACGGCCGCGUGAAUUACGUGCUCGCGAAGCGGCUGGAGUUGCUCGAGUUGGCCGCGAAGCUGCAGAGGGCGCUGCGGGCGGGCGGCGAGGCGGGCGCCACCUGCGAGCUGGCGCACCACUUCUACGUGUACCACGUGCGGCCCAGAUGGGAGGAGUUCCUUCACAUUUGUGCACAGGACAAGGUGAAGUCGGUGGAGACGAUCGGCAAGGAGUUCCCGUUCCACGAGUUCUUCGAGGACGCCCCCAAGCCCCUGUUCCCAGGGAAGUCCUACGAAGACGACAUGGAAAUCGCGCUGAGCUGCUAUAGGUACAUAGAUCACAUAUUCGAGGAGCUGGAGGAGUUCCGCGCCUUCGAGCUGCUCCGCUCGGGCCUGGACCGCUCCAAGUACCUGCUGGUGAAGGAGGCCAAAAUCAUCGCGAUGACCUGCACCCACGCGGCCCUCAAACGCUCCGAGCUGGUCCAGAUGGGUUUCAAGUACGACAACAUCCUGAUGGAGGAGUCCGCCCAGAUCCUCGAGAUCGAGACGUUCAUUCCGCUGCUGCUGCAAAACCCGCAAGACGGCCGCUCGCGGCUGAAGCGCUGGAUCAUGAUCGGCGACCACCACCAGCUGCCGCCCGUGGUGAAGAACAUGGCCUUCCAGAAGUACUGCAACAUGGAGCAGAGCCUGUUCACGCGGAUGGUCAGGCUGGGGGUGCCCUACGUCGAGCUCGACGCCCAGGGUCGAGCCAGGCCAUCCAUCUGCAACCUGUACCGGUGGCGGUACCGCGCCUUGGGCGAUCUCGGCCACGUGUUGCGGCUCCCCGAGUACAGAGCGGCAAAUGCAGGCCUUCUGUACGACUUCCAGCUGAUCGACGUGGGCGACUUCAACGGAGCGGGCGAGACUGAGCCCAGCCCGUACUUCUAUCAGAAUCUAGCCGAAGCGGAGUACGUGGUUGCCGUGUUCAUGUAUAUGCGCCUGGUGGGUUGGCCGGCUGAGCGGAUCUCGAUACUCACCACGUACAACGGACAGAAGCAUCUCAUACGCGACGUCGUCGACAAGCGGUGCGCGGGAAAUCCGCUCAUAGGCAAACCGCAUAAGGUGACGACGGUGGACAAGUACCAGGGCCAGCAGAACGACGUGGCGCUCGUGUCGCUGGUGAGGACGCGCGCCGUAGGCCACGUGCGCGACCUGCGCCGGCUCGUCGUGGCCGCGUCGCGCGCCCGCCUUGGGCUGUACGUGUUCGCGCGCGCCGACCUCUUCCGCAACUGCUUCGAGCUGCAGCCCACCUUCAACCAGCUGGUGGAGCGGCCCCUGCAGCUGGAGCUGGUGGUGGGGGAGCGGUUCCCCGCGCAGCGUUCAGCCGGCGCGCCGGUGCCGCCCGAGCGGACGCUAGUCGUGGACGACAUGCCGCACAUGGCGCGCUACGUGUACGACAUGUACCUGGACAUCGUCAGGACCGGGCACGGCGGACGCCAGGAGAGCGGGGUGUGGAGUGCGCCUGGCAGCAAAUCGGCAGCCCAGCCCAGGGAGCCCGGGCAACUGCUGGCUGCCCAUCCCGGCGCCGACAGCGACGACGAGGACGCUGCCACCACUGCCACCGCUGCCAGCGAUAAGCCCUCCUUCACGCCGACCGACAUCGUGAACGAGAUAGACGAAGCGCCCGACCAC